AUCCAAACAGCCAAACAGGGUACAAAGAGGAGAACGAGCAGGUGGAGGAGGAUCUGAGAAAGAGGGGAAGAGAGAGAGAGGGAGAGAAGAGAGAGAGAGGCGCAGGCGGCUUUGCGAUCUGCGAUCAGCGAUCAGCGAUCGGCGGUUGGCGUUUCGUCGGUUUCAGGAAUCGGCGUGUUUGAGGUCGAGGGUAUUGAAGACCACAAGAAGAAGAGGAAGAGGGGAGGAGAAGAAUCCAAGAAUCCAAUACCUCGUUUUCUUUGGAGCAGGAUUUGAAGAUUUUUGCGGGGUUAGUCUCCUGAAGGUUUCGUGUUUCGUCAGUCUUCGAUCAAUCGCGGCGGUUUUGACGAAGAGAACAGGUAUUGAAAAAUCCAGCUUUUGUUUCUACCCUUUUUUACUGGUUAUUUUUCUUCAAAUCAGAGGGGAAUGUGGUUUUAUUGUCUUGGCCUGACGGUCGCUAGGCUCCGAUCUCCAGUUCUGAGAACUCCAACUAGGUUUUUCUUUUUUCUGAAGCGUCAGAAGAUGAAUCUGGUCCAAGGCGGGUCCUGGAACUGGGAUUUCUUAAGAUUCAUCUAGUUUUUGGUAGGUUUAGAUGAACGGAGCUAACCGAGAUGCAAUCUGAAGAAACUAGCGUUUCGCAUCCACGUUGGGGUUGUUGAUGGUUUUUUCAAAUGCCCCGCUUCACCUGCAAUUUUUGUCGAGCUUCUCUGGUGCUGGAGGAAUCGCUUUGAUCCCAGAACGUUGCAGGAAUCAUCUAUGGACUAUGGAUUGAAUACCCAAUUAGGGUUUCGGACAUAACUUCUUUAACAAUAAGUUAUUCUUUACCGCACCAUCUAUGCGUAAGGCCCUGAUUGGAGAAGGUGCUCCGAAUGCAUAGAUCAAUAUUAGGGCUUCUUCUUGCAGGAAUUAUGAUGACCGCUAAGACCGCCGAUGCAUCUUCUAAUAUUGUUUGUAGAACAGUCGAACAUGUCUCACCAGAUUUGUUGUUUGUGGUGGAUGCUUUGUCAUUUCAGAAGCCCCAUACACUAUAUUGUGCUCAUUUUAGGUUCCGGAAUCCAAACAUUACUUUUGCAGGAAGGAGGCAGUUCAUGGUAUUUGAUUUUGAUUGAAUCAAAGGGAUUAGAUAUUUUGGAGUUGUCCUUGAGGAGAUGUGAUCUUGUCCAAAACAAGUAGCGGAUGUUGUUAUCCGGAUAACUGCCGAAUUGAAGAAACUUGCUGGCCCAAUUGAUUUUUGAUAACCACUUUAUUUUGUGGAUCAUACAAGGCUUGGGCACAGAUUUGAGAUGAAGAGAUGGCUUCCUCCUUUUUUGAUGUUAGUGAUUUUAUUUGAUGAAGCCCUUUGGGUCUACAAACAGUCGGUCCAAGUCCACUCACAUGUUUUGAGUAGCUGUGUAGAUUGCUUUGCUGCCACCUUUGGCAUAUUCUGAAGUAGCAAUAUAAUUCCCUUGGAUAUUAAUGUGAUGGAAUUAAUGUUUAGAAACAAAUUUUGGUGUUAAAACUCUACUUCCCGGAGUGAUGAAAUUAUUACAUUUUGCCUUCAUUGUCGUACAUGAAGUCUUUCAAUUUCCUUAAUUAUUUUCUUGCAAAGAAGCCCUGGUUCCGAAUAUUAGGAAUCAGCUGUCCAAUGCUACAAUGUGAACUGAGGGAGUUUCCUGCAGGCCUUCAAAACUGCUUAACAACAUCUGCCUCAAGGGGAGAUAAGGCAACUACUCUGAAUUUGCUGUGGUUCUUGGAAAAGUAUUUUGUUCAACCACAUAUUUGAACAGGCAACAACGGGGUCUGCACCAAAAUUAAUUUGCAGACUUGAUUAGAGCAGUGCACUGGGGUGACGUCAUCGGCCCUGGAGCUGAAAAGCGAGUAACAACGGCAUCUUGCAAGACUUGUGAUAGUAGAUCAAUUGUUAAUGGGAUAGGAUCUUUGUCUGCUCAAAUGAUGAGCAUGGUGGGCCUUGAACUUACAAAUUUUAUCAAUCCUAACUUGACGUGGAAAACAGUAUCAAAAGGCAGUAGGAGUGCAUCAAGGCGCUCCAGGAAAUCAGUUGCUAGAAACGAGAAAGUAAGUCUGGAGCAGGCUGAUAAGAGCCCUGAAGGGGUGGACACAUUAGUGUCAGAAUCUGAGAAGCUUGGCGUAGCUGUACUUGGGAGGCGCUUUCGGGAUAAGGUAGAGCAUGUACCGAUCAAGAAAAGGAGAUUUUUGUUCCGGUCUCCAUCACCACCACUUCGGACUUCCUCUCCAUGCCUUGAGGAGUCUGAGCAAUCUGUAAAUAGUCAGCAUGAUUUGGGUCAACGGUCUUGUCAAAAUUCAAUCUCGGAAAAACAAGUAGUGGGUAUUGAUGCCUUUACUUCCAUGAAGUGUAACAAUGUUGUUGAUGGGAAGAUCCCAGAGGAGAUGACAAAAGAAAAACCUGGUUACAGUGAGGACUUUUCAGGUAUUCAGAUACUUGCUGCUGCUGCCUGCGAUGAUAGCAUGGGUGACGAUGUUAAUGUUCUGGAGGAUGACUCAUUAGCAGAAGAGUCUCCAGCUCGAGGAGGGAAUGAGUUAUCUUCUACUACACCUUUGAAAGAAACUGUUGCAUCCUCGGAAACAACUUUCACUCAAGAUUUGGCACGUGAAGAUGGUUUUGGUGGUUCUUUUUUUCAGGAAAACUCUGUUCCCAUUAAGCAGAAUUUUUCCACUCUAAAGGAUGACACUACAGAAAAAAAGUCUGUCAUUUCCCGUGAUGAUAGGUCACACUGGGACCUAAAUACUGUCAUGGAUGCAUGGGAGCACCCCUGUGCUGAUUUAGCUGUUGAUUCUCAAGCAGAUGUUAUGGACGGUUUCUCUGGGGAUGCUACAUGCGCAGAAUACCUGCAGACUUUGGAAGCUUGCAAGAUAGCGAGGGAUUCUGGGGAUGACAAUCAGAGUAAUAUUCAGUCUACAGUGGGAAAAGUAGUUUUGUUUGAUGCUCGUGCUGUCCAUGUUUGUUUGGACUCAAGAAAUUCAGUUUUUGGUACUUGCAAAUUGGACAGAGAAGAACAUAAUUUGGCAGUGUGCUCUGAUACUGACCGGACCAAAGUCCUGGAUAUGUAUGCCCCUUUAUCAGCUGAACUUUCUCUAAAGUCUUCAGCAAUGCCUGUUUCUGGUACAGAAGCUUCCACUCAUGCUGUCAGCAUGGAUGCAUGCCUUGACCUUUCUUCCCAUGCUGGAUCAGAUUUUGUCUCAAGCUCGUUGACAUUUGAGGAAAAGGAAAAUCCUCUGCCUUCUGGUGUUAUUCGCAAGCAUAGCAGUGAAAAUUCAGUUUCUGAUAUGCUUUUGGGCAAUGCUAGCUCAGAAACUGACCAGGCUGAGAAGCGUGAUGUUGCUUUUCCUGCUGCACCAGUCUCAGAGAAGAUCACCUGUGCAAGUAUGGAUGAAGUGUGUGAGGAUUCUUCUAGAAUGUCUGGAUUGGAUGGAAAAAGAAUCUCUCCCAGGUUGAUCACUGAUGCAUGUCAAUCUCCAUGUCCUGAUCCCCUAGAUGUUGAGAAUCCAUCCAGUGAAUCUGGUGAAAUCAUGGAUGUUUCUCCAUUGUCGCCUAUGUGCAUGGAUGUGUCUGCAUCAGUUGCGCAUGUUGGGGAAUACCGACCUACGGUAACUGAGGAUCCAAGUAGACACAAUACCAUGGAUUCUGGUGCUGUUAGGAAUGAAUCUGACAUGUCAAUGAACCUUGGUCCAAAUGAACUGUUGAACAAAUCCUCUGGACAUUCUAGUGUCAUCUUGGGAGAGAGAGGUGAACUAACCUCUUGUGAGGAAUGCAAAGGCCAUGGUAAUGAUCCUGCCAUUUCACCUGGAAAAAUGCUUGACAAUGAAGAUGGUCAGGGUCGCACAGUAGGCAUGGAAAACAUGGUGGAACUUCAAGAGGGUUAUGAUUCUCAGUUUGAGGAUGGGGAGUUAAGGGAGUCAGUUGUGCAUUGCUGGGAGGACAGUGAAGCUGAAGAUGGGGAAGCUGAACCUGUGGACUAUGAGACUGAUGACAGAGACACAUAUGAUGAUUCUAUUGAUUAUUCUGUUUCCUUUGAGAAUAGCACGAGAGAAACAAAUUGUCAACCUUGUCUGGGAGUUCCUUCGCCAAAAAUUAUUCUGGAUGCUGAAUUAAAUAAGAGAUGGUCAAAGAAAACUUCAAAUAUGCAUUUGGGGAUGGAGUCUGCUAGAAAAGAUGGCAUUGAGAAACUUGAGAUGGAUGUGAAGGUUGAUACGUGUUAUGGUACAGGAUCUGCUGAUGUGGGUGAUAAAAAUGGACUUGUUAAUGGGGUAGAUGCGUUAAAGGAGCCAAACCAUUCAGCAAGAUUGAAGUCAAAAUUUUCUGGAUGGGAUUAUCGGCUGCCUGAAGGUUGUGUAAUUUCUUCUGAUAAACGUUUCGAAAUAAAUGGCAAUACACGAAGAAGUCGUGCAAAUAAUUGCGUGAAUGGUCCUGGUGAUGUGAAAGAUAUCUCUAACAGAGUAAAUGGAAUGAGGGAAUCCAAGUCAUUCAGCAAGCUCGAAGGACAUUCUUCCUCUGAUUUCGUACAUAGGAAAGACACCAUGCAUUUACAGUGGAACAGAUCCAACCAACUUGAUGAUUCACAUCCUCAAGCUGAUAGAGCGUUUAAUGGUUCCGAGAGAUCUGCAGGAAGGAUGAGAACAUUACACAUGCACGGCAGAAGCCAUGUUGGCGGGCACUGGGAUGAUCAUCAUUCACUGGGCUCAUGGGAUUCAAAGCGCUACGAUGGCCCUUGUGAUUCUAGGAAGCCCAGGCCAAAAAGCGUUAUUGUAAAUUCCGAUUCUAAGGUUGAGGACAGCGCGCCCUCAGACCGUGCACUUUCAAAAGCUAGGGUUUCAGAAAUCAACUGCCAUCUUCGUGGUCAAUCUAUGCAUUCUUCCUCAAAAGGGGUGUAUAGGCGCUUUAUUAGGCGGAGGUCACCGGUGGCUAGGGAUUAUAAUUAUCACUUGAAUAUGGGAAUACCAGUGAGAGACGUCAGUCCUGAUAGAACUAGGUGCAGGCCUGGAAGGUAUCCUGGGUUUAGCCCCAGGGAGGGGUAUUACAGGCCCCUGCCCAAUGGUGCUGCUGAAUCCUUUGUUCGCAUGCCGCCUCAUUUAGCCAGGAGAGAGCGAAGCUUUUCUCCCAUUCUUCAUAGAGGAGCUCCUCAUUUUUCUCGACCCCAUGAGAGGUACCGGUCGAGGUCCAGAAGUCGCUCUCCCCUUAUGCGGCAGUUGCCCAGGGAACGGAAUACAGGCUUGAGGCCACUCAGUAGAUCCCCAGAUUUCAGGUCUGAGGUGAGCAUGGAGAGAGUGAGGUUGCCUGUUCAAAAGCAGCCUGGUUUUGCUUCAGAUUUUGAAGCAGGUUUUGUGUCCCCACCAAGAAACCGCUUCUCCCCACAGCGAAAUCUCAGAUGGAUUGAUGAUCGGAAUUGUGGCGUGGACCAAUUCAGGGAAAGGAGAUCCCCGGUGAGAAUAUUCCGGCGGGGGCAUAGGUUCAGUUCGCCAUGUUCCCCUGGACGAUUGAAACCAGACAAUUACUUCAGACCGGCAAUGCGAUCUGGAAGAUUUCCUGAGAUGGGUUGUGCAGGCAGGGGACGCAAAUACGACUGUAACAAUGACCAUAGAAGGAAGCAGGGCAGCAGGUACAACAUGAUUCAUCCAGAGAGACACUAUGAUGUUACGGAUGGAGAUGGGGGAGGGAGGCGGUUCCGAUUCGAUGUGGGUGACAGCGGAUUUGUAGGGCACGACAGUCGAGUCAAGGAUGAGUGCAUUAAGAACACUGACAGACGGCACAAGGAUAUACCUAGGAGAGGUAGAGAAGAGAGAGAUCAUUCAUGAGAUAGAGUAAAAUGAUUAGAGCUUGUAGAUUUUGGUGCCAUCUUUGAUUUGGGUUGGGGCGUGGGAAGAUGAUGAAGAUGCAGCUUCCAUGGUAACAUCACUCAUCCAAUCCGUAUGUGCCUUGCCUUCCUCGUUAUUCUCUCGUUGGAUGAUGAUGGGUUUGCUAGCUGGUGGUAUAUAUAUAAGAAGGGGGAAGGAGGGGGUGGUGCACACACCUGUAGAAUAUAUUUUGGCCCAGUUCGUUCUUUAUCCUGCCCUUAUGGAGAUGGUCUCUUCAUCUUGAUUUUCUUGGCUGAUAUUUUUUUUUUAAAUUUUAUUUUUAAUAUAUAUAUUUUUUUAACCAGGCCUGAUGUUUCCUCCAGAUUUUUUCAUUAUGGGCUUUUGUUUUUUCGGCUCCCAUCUUAAUGGUAUUUUCUUGCUUGCUGCUGGUUCAGCUGUUUCAAUCUCUCUAUUUGAGGGCACAAAGAUGCAUUGAAUUAGUAAAAAAUUUGAUAUUCUGAAA